GGAAAUGAAUUGAUAAUAGCAAUGGAAGAGCUGAAGCAAUGCCGACUGCAACAGAGGAAUAUUUCAGCGACGGUUGAUAAGCUAACGCUGUGUCUUCCUGUCCUGGAGAUGUACAGCAAACUGCGAGAGCAAAUGAAAUCUAAAAGACACUACCCCGCGCUCAAGACCCUGGAGCACCUCGAACACACGUACCUGCCCCGAGUGAGCCACUACCGCUUCUGCAAGAUCAUGGUGGAUAAUAUUCCAAAGCUGCGUGAAGAGAUCAAAGAAGUUUCGAUGUCAGACCUCAAGGAUUUCCUGGAGAGUAUCCGUAAGCACUCCGACAAGAUUGGGGAGACGGCAAUGAAACAGGCACAGCAGCAAAGAAACUUGGACAAUAUUGUGUCACAGCAUCCCAGGAUAAGUGGGGGAAAGAAGUCCAAGAAAGACGUCUGCGCAAGCUCAGAUCUGGAGGUAAAAAACACUAGCCCCAUGUCUGAGCAGGAUUCGGGUAUCCUGGAUGUUGAAGAUGAGGAUGAGGAUGAAGAGGUGCCUGGGGCCCAGGACCUGGUGGACUUCUCACCGGUGUACCGAUGCCUGCACAUAUACUCUGUCUUGGGUGCCCGAGAAACCUUUGAGAACUACUACAGGAAGCAGAGAAGAAAACAAGCCAGAUUGGUCCUGCAGCCACCUUCGAACAUGCACGAAACUUUAGACGGCUACAGGAAGUAUUUUAAUCAAAUUGUAGGGUUUUUCGUGGUUGAAGAUCACAUCUUGCAUACAACGCAGGGCUUGGUGAAUAGAGCCUAUAUUGAUGAGCUGUGGGAGAUGGCGUUAUCAAAAACUAUCGCAGCACUAAGAACGCAUUCAUCCUACUGCUCGGACCCCAGCCUGGUGUUAGACUUGGCUCUUUUUGCUCUCUUCCCCAUCCCACUGCAGGGAUAUGGCUUCCCGGUGAACCAGCUCUUUGACAUGCUGUUGGAGAUCCAAGACCAGUACAGUGAAACCCUGCUGAAGAAAUGGUCAGGAGUUUUCAGGAAUAUACUUGAUUCAGAUAACUACAGUCCCAUCCCAGUGACAAAUGAAGAGGUUUAUAAGAAAAUAGUUGGACAGUUCCCGUUCCAGGAUGCAGAACUUGAAAAGCAACCGUUUCCAAAGAAGUUCCCCUUUUCUGAGUUUGUGCCUAAAGUUUACAAUCAGAUUAAGGAAUUCAUCUAUGCCUGUCUGAAGUUUUCGGAAGACCUUCAUCUGAGCUCCACCGAAGUUGAUGAUAUGAUUAGAAAAUCUACAAAUCUGCUGCUGACCCGAACGCUGAGCAACUGUUUACAGAAUGUCAUCAAGAGGAAAAACGUCGGGCUGACGGAGCUUGUACAGAUUAUUAUAAAUACGACCCAUUUGGAGAAAUCCUGCAAGUUCCUAGAGGAAUUCAUAACCAAUAUCACUAACGUACUUCCAGAAACUGUCCACACUACGAAACUCUAUGGGACCACAACCUUCAAGGACGCCCGCCAUGCUGCUGAGGAGGAGAUUUACACUAACCUGAACCAGAAGAUAGACCAGUUCUUGCAGCUGGCAGACUACGACUGGAUGGCCAUGGAGCCAGGCAGCAAGGCCAGCGACUACCUUGUCGAUCUCAUUGGCUUUCUACGCAGCACUUUUGCUGUGUUCACCCACCUCCCGGGGAAGGUGGCGCAGACGGCUUGCAUGUCAGCGUGCAAGCACCUCUCCACCUCGCUGAUGCAGCUGCUGCUGGAGGCCGAAGUGCGGCAGCUGACGCUGGGCGCCUUGCAGCAGUUCAACCUGGACGUGGAAGAGUGUGAACAGUUUGCCAGAUCCGGCCCAGUGCCUGGGUUCCAAGGGGACACGCUGCAGUUGGCCUUCAUCGACUUGAGACAACUCCUAGAUCUGUUCAUCCAGUGGGACUGGUCGACGUACUUGGCUGACUAUGGGCAACCCACGUGCAAGUAUCUCCGUGUCAACCCGACGACAGCCCUCAUCCUGCUGGAAAAGAUAUCACGAGUGAUGAGAGACACGAGCAGAAAAAACAACGUUUUUGCCCAGUUUCGGAAAAACGAGAGGGACAAGCAGAAGCUGAUAGACACCGUGGCCAAGCAGCUCCGCGGCCUGAUCAACAGCCACCACUCGUGAGGGACUCGGGGACCUCCUGCCCGCCGCCGGCCCCUGCACCGCAACCUUCCACACGCCUGGACUUGGGAUCCUUGUUCAAAGAGAAUAUAUGUAUUUUUUUAUUCACCUGUAUAGCAUUCAUGGACCUUACCCCUGCUGACAAAACGUUCCUCGUUAAGCCAUCCCGGGGAAGGUAGGCAGCACUGCUCGUGAAGGUGGCGUCAGGAGGCUCCUGUUAUAA